AUGUCUCGCAGCGGCAGCCGCCACGGUUCCCAUUCCCAUGGUCACCCCUCCAGUCACUCUCGAUCGAGUCUUCAUCGUGGAGAGGACCGCCAUGGCGGUCCACCAAUCUCCAUGUUCAACAACCCGGACCCCUUCGGUGUUGGCAGCUGGUCCCGCCGCCCAUCACUCAACGCAGAGUUCCCGCCUCCACGUUUCUCUGGUUGCCAUCCUAUCCAAACAGAUGAGAGACAGCCAUCCCUGAGUCGAUCAAGCAGCAGCCGUCGUGCUAGUGACCGCCCAAUGUUUGGCAAUCCAUUCGGCUCUGGUAGUCACUCUUACUACGAUGACAGCCACCAUCGUUCCUCUCGAUCGGGUUCUCGUACUUACAGCUAUGAGGACAGCUCAAUGCUGCGACCACUGAGCCGCCGUGGAGGUACUGACCUGUCCUCAGCGGCUCACGACUUCUAUGACCCAUUCGCUGGCCAGCUCGGCACAGGCAGAGACCGCGAGUCCAUUCAAGGUGAUCCAGAGCUCCCGCGUUACAGAUCGGCAUCGGCCUACCACCGCUCUAUCAGCCGUGUCCCAGGCAAUGAUGUGCCAGGUAUGCCAAUGAGGGCUUCCCGGGACCUUCCACCUCCCUAUUCCAGCUUCGCCAGCCAACCUGGGGGCGGGCUUCCCAUGCAAUUCCCUCCAACGAGGCGACCAAGUCAUUAUGAUCGCCUCGGUGGCGGUCUGCCUCCUCCUGACUAUUUCAAGCGCUAA